AUGAACCGAUCCAUCUUUCGUGCUGCCUCGCGGCAGCUUCUCCGAACGUUGAACCGUCCCAGCAGUGCCAGCGUGUCGAGAGAGCUCUGCAACCGUCGAUUCGCAUCAUCUGUGACGUUCAACUGGGAGGAUCCCCUUGCGGCCGCGGAGCUGUACACUGAAGAGGAGCUGGCGAUCCAGGAGACGGCGAGACAGUACUGCCAGGAGCGUCUGCAACCCCGGGUCCUGGAGGCAUACCGGAAUGAGAACUACGAUCGCAAGAUCCUGGAAGAGAUGGGCGAGAUAGGCCUGCUGGGCGCUUCGAUCGAGGGUUACGGCUGCGCCGGAGCGAGUACCGUUGCGUCCGGUCUCAUCACCAAGGAAGUGGAGCGGGUGGAUUCGGGAUACCGGUCUGGAAUGUCGGUGCAGAGCUCGCUCGUCAUGACGGGCAUCUACGAGUUCGGGUCGCAGGAGCAGAAGGACAGGUUCCUGCCGCAGCUUGCCAAGGGGAAGAUGCUGGGAUGCUUCGGCCUCACGGAGCCUAAUCACGGAUCCGACCCCGGUUCCAUGGAGGCCGUCGCCCGCGAGCACCCGUCCAAAAAGGGAUACUACUUGCUCUCCGGGACGAAGACGUGGAUCACCAACUCUCCCAUCGCGGAUCUUCUGUUGGUCUGGGCCAAGUUGGAGAGCACGGGCAAGAACAAGACCGCUCUUCGCGCGUCCAUCACGGGUAUGAUCCAGAUGGAUGACUGCCCUGUCCCCGCCGAGAACAUGCUCCCCACAGUGGAGGGCUUGAAGGGCCCCUUUACGUGUCUGAGCAGCGCCAGACUGGGCAUUGCCUUUGGAACCAUGGGGGCGCUGGAAGACUGCCUCAGUCGCGCACGAACGUACGCUCUGGAACGGAAGCAGUUCAAGGGCAACCCUCUGGCCAAGUACCAGCUGGUGCAGAAGAAGCUGGCGGAUGCGGCGACGGAUGCUGCGUAUGGGACGCUGGCCGCGACGCAGGUCGCCCGUCUGAAGGACGCGGGCAAGGCGACCCCGGAGAUGAUUUCGAUGGUGAAGCGGCAGAACUGUGACCGGGCUCUGGCCAAUGCACGGGUGCUUCAGGAAAUCUUUGGCGGCAACGCCGUGAGCGACGAGUACCACAUCGGGCGACAUGCGGCCAACUUGUUUGUCACUCAGACUUACGAGGGCCAAAGCGAUAUCCACACUCUUAUUCUCGGCCGUGCCAUUACCGGCAUCCAGGCGUUUGUUUGA